UCCUGUUUGGAGCUGCACGCGGCUUAUACCACGCUAAUAUCCUGUAGUUCGCUUCUCAUAAACACAAGUGUGACAAUGCCAAAAGCAAAAAAAUCGAACAAGCGAAAUACGUUUGACUACACAAAGAACCGAAAGAAGCUGAAGAGGAAGUUUCUGAAAAAAUACAAACCAAGGAUAGACCAUCCAGACAUCCGAAAUGCCUGGGAUGAUAAGAAGUCCAUGGCCAAGAACCUGAUGGAGAUGGGUCUGUCUGCUGAUCCCAACCGAUCUCUGCCAGUAAAGAAACAGACGCUUUUCAGCAAAGACAGAGAUGACAAAACUCCCACCAACAUCGUCACCAAGCCCUACAUCCUCAAGAAGCUGGAGGAGGAGGCCAACCUCCCAGAGAAAGACUGCAAGACGUUGUCCUCCGACCUGAUCGAGUACGUCCAGCAUAUGAUCCGAGAACACAAGGACAACUACAAGGCGAUGGCCAGAGAUGAGAAGAACUAUUACCAGGAUACACCAAAACAGAUCAAGAGGAAAAUCAAUGAGUACCAGCGCUGCCACCCGCAGCACUACGAAGCCUUCAUCAGCUCCCUCGCUGCUCUGGAGCCCAUGGUUCAGUAGCUGGAUCCUCAGCCCCAUCAGGACUGUAUGACUUGUCAAAGUCUGCGUUUGGACAGUAAUGAUGGUCUGUAGGGCAGAGGACUGUGAUGUUAAAAUCUUGUUUGCAUCGAUAUUAAAACUGCACGCAUUUGUACGGAUUCACACCAACAGGAAGGACGUGGAAAUCAACACCUGCUGACCUCUUUCUGGAUCACAGCUGGAUAAAAAGUGCUUUUUAUUUACAGCAACAUUGGAGGAUGAUGAAAUAAAACCAUGUUGUUAAUAACAUGAAAAAUUUCAGGCAUAAGUGACGGUGACACAUUUUGACAGGUUUUAAUUGAAGAUUUUCUUUGAGGUUGGGCUACAGCUUGUUCUGUUUUUUUUUUUUUUUUUUAGUUUUCCUUUACUUAAAUCGGCC